AUCUUCUCUGGUAUCGUGGCCGCGCUGAGAUAUAUCAGGAAGCACAAAGUGAUCCACAAUGAUAUCAAGCCUGCCAACAUCGUAUAUAUCAAAGGGAAGGUUGCGAAGCUGCUUGACUUCGGCUUGGCUCGGCCCGGACCAUACACUUAUCAUGCAAGUGGGAGCCCCUGGUACACCCCUCCAGAGUUAUUGAACGAUGGCUUCCGCGGGUUCGCAUCGGACGUGUGGGCCCUCGGGAUAGUCAUGCUAUAUGUCUACGGAAUAUUCUCCCUCCCUGAUCUCUCAAGCGGUUGGGCUAUCAAGGAUGCCGUGCUCAAAAACCCUCAAUCCGAGAACGAGAAAGACAAGAGGGCGAGGACGGCUCAUGAGAAGUGGUUGGCGAAGGUGGAGGAGACGCGUAAGAAUCUUCCUAAGGAUGAUCCACCCCUUGCCAUCGUUGCCCAGAUGCUUCACAAUCUUCCGAGCGAACGAAUCAAGAUUCGGGACCUGAACGCCUCCCUGAGCGCGGCCCUGAGGUCUUUGCCUUUAAGCUGA